AUGCUGAAAAUCGGCUACUUGCGGUUCCCUCACCUGGGCCAGCCUCUCAAUCUGGGUGUGAUAAGGGUUUACAAGAAGACCAGCGGAAAUGGAGGGCUCACCCUCUACCUGGGCAAGAGAGACUAUGUGGACCACAUGGACUCAGUGGACCGAGUCGAUGGUGUUGUAAAGCUGGACCCAAAAGAUUUUGGAGACAGAAAAGUAUUUGUGCAGCUGGCAUGUGCCUUCCGUUACGGUAGCGAUGACCUGGAUGUGAUGGGCCUGAGCUUCAGGAAGGACAUUUGGAUCCAGCAUGUGCAGAUCUACCCUGAAAGCCACAAGCCCACCCAGUCCGAAAUGCAUGAGACCCUGCUGAAGAAGGCUGGAGACAACACAUACCCUUUCAGUUUUGAAAUUCCCAACAACCUGCCAUGUUCAGUCUCUCUGCAGCCUGGACCUGAUGACAAGGGGAAGUCUUGUGGUGUCGACUUUGAGGUCAAAACUUUUCUUGCCAAAGAAAAGUGCAACGUUGAUGAGAAGAUUGAAAAGAAAGACACUGCUCGCCUUAUCAUUCGUAAAAUCCAGUAUGCCCCCUCUCAGGUGGGCGCUGGGCCCAAAGCCGAUAUCUGCAAAAGCUUCAUGAUGUCCGACAAGCCUGUUCAUCUGGAAGCUGUAAUGGAGAAAGAUAUCUAUUUCCAUGGCGAUGCAAUCCCACUCAAAAUCAAAAUCAACAAUGAGACCAACAAAACAGUAAAGAAAAUCCAAGUCACUGUGGAACAAACCACAGACAUCGUUCUCUACUCAGCAGACAAAUACACCAAAGCUGUUUAUACCCAUGAGUUUGGAGAGACAGUGGAUGCCGGUGCCACCUACGAGAAUACUGUGUCCAUCACCCCCCAGCUGUCUGAAAACAAGGAGAAAAGGGGACUGUCGCUGGACGGGCGACUGAAGGACGAGGACACUAACUUGGCCUCCACCACUAUAGUGCAGCAGGGUGUAGAAAAAGACAUGUUGGGAAUCUUGGUUUCCUACAAGAUUAAGAUUAACCUCAUGGUGGCCGGAGGGGGUCUGCUUGGUGGCCUCACUGCCAGUGACGUCUCAGUGGAGCUGCCAUUGAUACUCAUGCACCCCAAACCCACAGAGGAUGUUUCCCUGGAGGUUGAGAAGAAAGCCACAGAAAGACAGGAAGACAACGAGGGGAUGUGA